AAAAAGAAUGAAUUAGUGUGGCGUUUUCCUAUAUCUUGGUUUUCCCAUAGCGAUAGCACAUCAUUGAUCAAGUUUAUUUACUUUUAUGUUGCCAUAUACAGGUCUGGGUUAAUUCAUUGUAUUUAGGUAAAACAUGAAUUUUACCCCAUUUACCGCUGAUGCAGUAUAUUCUUUAUUUCACUCAAAUAGAAGAAUCAACGUCGUUUUUCUUAUUAACUUUUUUCCUUUUUAUUACUAUUCUAUUUCAUGUUCACCUCUAUUUCCAACUAUCCAGUACAUCCAAAACCUGAGCCCAUCGUUGUGGUAACACAUUUCAUCGACAGAGGUCGCACUUUCAUCUAAUCGCUUUAAGCGAUUCAAGAGCCCACAAGGCCUGGAGGAUCUUCAGUUAACCAGCUCUUAGUCCUGUUCAGGACUGCUAGUCAUUGGGCGAGAGGCAGGAAUACACCCAGUCCAUCGCAUGGCACACACACAAUUCACAGCCAGGUCCAAUUUUAGAAUGUGCAGCAGGACCAUUUCUCAUGCGCAGCCUGAAAGCCAAAUAAAAAAAAAUGCAUUUCAUCAUAGGAAGGGGCUUCAUUCUCAUCCGAUCAGCUCUUCCACAGAAAAGUGAGUGAUUUUAUGUCUUAUAUAUUUUUAUGUCUUUUAAUUAUCAAGUUAACCCAUUUUUAAUCUAUUCCCAACCAUGAAAAGUAUUCUGGUGAGGUAUGACUGUGUUCUUAUGUAACCAACUACACCAGUGGUCAGAAUAGAAUUUUCAGAAUAGAAUUUAUUGCCAUGGUCAGUGGGGGUUCCACCAACUAGGAAAGUGCUUCGAAAUAAAGUGCUGUUAAUAUAAAAUAAAAUAAAAUAAAAUAAUCCACAAACAACAAAAGCUGAUCACAAAUUCAACAGUCUGACGGCCGAGGGGAAGAAGCUGUUCCUGUGACGGGAGGUUCUGGUCUGGAUGGACCGUAGCCUCCUGCCAGAGGGAAGAGGAACAAACAAUCCAUGUCCAGGAUGAGAAGGGUCGGCUCUGAUCCGACCUGCACAUCUCUGGGUCCUGGAGACAUACAGGUCCUGAAUCUUCCCUCACAAUCGGUCUUAUCUACACCAACCUUCCUUCCAUUCGGGGUUUUAUAUGUGGACGGAGUCUGGAUUAUACUUGAUUUAAGGUCACUAUAAGUUCUUUAAAAAGGGCGAGUGAAAGUGAAGUCACGGGAUGACAUAUAUGUUCUUCGUGUAUACUGUAUGGAAACACACUGUUCAAACUUGCCACGUAUAGAACGCAUCUGCUGUGAUUGGAAUGUCACAGAACAGGUUAUUAGGUGCAGAUGACUUAAUAAGCUUUUACCUCUCAUGAUCCCAGGAUGAGCAGUCAGAGGAGGUCACCUGAAGCGAAGUAAAAAAACAACAUUAAAAUAAUACAUGACAAAUGAUACCUAUAAAAUAGGGCCACACCGCAGCCUAGGGAUUAACACUCUCACCUUGGCCUCAGCAAGAAGGUUGCAGGUUCGACUCCCAGGUCGGAAAUACCAGGAGAAAUCUAUGUUGUGUUUGUCUUAACGGAUUGAGCAGAAGAAGGGAACCAUGCAGGAUAAGGAGUUGGACAAAGUUUACCAUUGAAUAAACAGUAUCAGAAAAUGAAUCCAAGGUGGUCAGUGUCUACGGACUAAACAGGUGGGAACACAUCAGUAUAGAUUCAUUUCAUCAAAGGACACAACAUGUUCCUUAAAAGGUUAGUGAUGACACAGAUGAACACACACUUGGCUUCAGAACUAUUUAUACCCCAUGAAAGGAAUCACCAGUUUAAUAGCUUUCGCAGGUGAAGAAUCUAAAAUAGAAUAUUUUUUCAUGGGGUAUGAAUCAUUUUGAGCACGAGUGUACAUGCCCCAUGAAAACGCAAUGUUCAAACCUGCCACGGAUGGAACACACUGUGAUUGGAAUGUUCUCAAACAGGUUAUUACAUAAUAAGCGAACACGUACAUUACUUUUCAUAAAUGAAAAAAGAGGGGUCGAAGGACGCCAUCCAAAUUGGACCAUAAAAAAAGGCUUUGUUCCAUUUGGCAAUCCAUUAGAAAUGCUCUAUUGCAUUAACAGAGUCAGGCAUGUUUGAGAAUGUUUGAAGUUUGUUUUAUGAAGUAUCAUUGAAAAUACAGAACAUGAAGUCACGUCAUCCAUGCAUUGUGUUACACACAAUUGCAGACAAUAGUAAACACAAGGUGGGGAGCGACUGGGCAAUGGCCUAUGGCCCAAGCAACCGAUUUUUAUUGGCUUAUUAUGGUUUAGUUUGGACCUUAACUGAGCAUGCAACAGCUCACUUCAACUCUCCGGACAGUGCAAUCCAGAUAAUGCCAUUAAUAGGUCCAUUGAGCCUGCAUGCAGUGCCUCCACUCCACCGUACCUUAGAAGAAUCUACAAAAACCAGCAAACUCCUCAGAGUUUGGAAGUGAAGACAAUCUAAUAGCAUUAUAUACAAUACACUUUCUUUGCAUUUGUGCUACUCUGCACUGCACAGGUUCUUGAUCUUUGUUGAUGUCUCAUGUCAACCACAUUGUGAGUCACAAUGAGGCAAAGUCAGCUUCACAUUCUCUAUCUGUAUGGCAAGUAUAGUGCAGACCAAAUGGCCUACUGCACAUAUAGUGCACUAGGAAGCAUCAUAUUUUAAUACUUCUUCUGACUAAAUGGAAACAUUUUAAGUGUACAAAAGUAUGCUUUUAUUUAUUUAAUUUUUUUUUUACAAAAAGGGCACUCACCUGUAUAUUACCAGUGUACUGAGGUGCCGUUUAUAAGCAGACGGAAAGCACCGAAUCCGCCAUCGUUUUGUGACACCUUUUCUCACACCACUUGUCAAGUUCAUCCCUUAUACUUUACCUUUGGCUUUCUAUGUAAAUGAUAGGAAACUGAGGGCAACUACAUGGUCUCACCCAGGAGAAAUGAGAAUUCAGCGUUUCAAGGAGAGGACUGAAGGCCCACGGACGGUGGAGAGGAGGUGCGUCAUGCUGUUCUUGUUGGUCUACAGUGCCCAGGGAGUGAAGGUCUCAAGAGUCAGUUUUUCACGUGCCAGACAGUUUCUCGCAUGAGCAGUGGCCUCUUGCUCAAGUGUCUCACUGAGAAAAGCAGUUGAACAAGAAAAGGAAAAGACGAGAGAUAACUCCUGACCAAAACUACGGCGACGUCAGCGCUAGUUUUCGCUCAGAUCUUGAACAUAUUCAGUGUAUGCUGCAAACCAGAAGCGGUAGCCUUCAAGGGCAACCACACAGACGUCAGGUGAGUAGGAGAUUUAAACAGUCACGUUGUAUCAGGUAUAAUCGUGGAUACGUUUCAGCAGAAGAAUCUUAAACGCACAAGGAGGCGGAGAAGAGAUUUUGCGAUGGGUGUGGUGAUCCUAUAUCUUCUUUAAAUGAUUCCGCCCCCGAAAUAUCCUCUUCACUCAAAGCCCUGAUGAAUCAGUAGUGUCAGCAGGCUCCUGUGUUUUACCUUUGUGUUCUCCUGCAAGUGUUUUCAAGAAACCCCUGUGAAGCUCUGAGAGUCGCUCACUGAACUGAAGAUGAGUUAUAAGGUAAUGUGUGAGUCAUCUGGUGAUGGGGAAGAAACAUAUAUUCCAUUUACUUUGUUCAUGUUUGAGCACCAAAGAGGCGCGUUGAGGCAGAGCGGAUGGAUAUCCAGCUGUGUGUCCGGUUAGAUGUCGGAGAUGGUGCACAAGUUUGACGUGACCAGAUUUUUUGACAACUGUCCUUCCACUGAGCAAUAGAGUUGUUCAGUAGACGAUGUGCGCGCUCCAUUUUGUGGUCUUCAUCUGCAGCAUAAAACACAGAUUUUUAUCUUUUUUUCUUUCUUUUUAAACAUUUAUUUGACUUCAUUUCCAUUCACUCAUUUUAAGAAGGUCAUGAAAAGAUGAUAAAUGUUCAUUGUGUAAAUGGACUUUGAUGUCAAUGUCAUUUACACCUUCUUGUCAAGAAUUGUUUUAAACAUUUUAUUGUUUUAGGGGAUAUCAACGUCUGCGAAAAAGCUUUGAAAGUGGUGGAGUUUACUGGAUAUACUUUUAUUAAACUUACUGGACAACAGCCAGUAACCUCGAGACAUCUACUGCAUGUGAUGACGGCUGGUAUUUUGCCAAAGAAUGUACAAACCAGUUUUGAGGUGUUUAACGACUGCUUCUACGGACUGGUGGAGCUUCACCCACUUCAUAUUGAAAUCAUCGACACACCUGAGUUCCAGAGACUCCGGAACAUCAAGCAGGUGGCGGGUGCUCACUUUGUCUACCCGGGAGCCACCCACAGCCGCUUCCAACACUCCAUUGGAGCUUGUCACUUGGCUGGAAAACUUGUCAGAAGACUGAAAACAAAACAGCCAGAGUUGGAGAUCACAGAUGGAGACGUCCUCUGUGUGGAGAUCGCCGCGCUGUGCCAUCAUCUAGGACAUGGACCAUUUUCAUACUUGUUUAUGGAUGAAUUCCUACCCAGAGCCUGGAAAAAGGAAACUGAAGAGUCUGAAGAAAAAAGAAAUGGGGAGAGCAAGCAGACCACAGCUACUCAAUUCAAGCACGAGGAAGUGUCUGUCAAAAUGCUCGACCAUCUGCUGAACAAAAAUAAUUUGAAAAAGUCGAUGAAGAAAUACAACCUGAAUCUUCCUGGAGACCUCAACUUCAUCAAGGACCUCAUUCUGGGAAACAAGGAGGAGAGUCAAGAGCGGAGAGACAAGCCCUUCCUCUACGACAUCGUGAACAACACUGUCAGUGGCAUUGACGUUGACAAGUUUGACUCCUUUGCCAGGGACUGCCACCACCUGGGUGUUAAGAGCAACGUUGACUUCAACCGCCUCCUGCUGUCUGCCAGAGUGUGUGACGCUGAAAACAGGACACAAAUCUGCUACAGAGAUAAGGAGUUGCCACACAUUUAUGAAAUGUUCCGCACGAGGUACAGGCUCCACCAGAAAAUCUACCAACAUACCGUGUGUGCCAUUGAAGAAAUGAUCACUGAGGCCCUUUUGAAAGCAGAUGGCGUCAUCCAAGUGAAGGGCUCCAACGACAGAAUCUUCACUCUCUCGACAGCCAUCUAUGACAUGGAGGCCUACUCCAAGCUGACAGAUCAUGUGUUUGAAGAAAUCCUCUACUCCUCCGAUCCAAACUUGGAACAAGCCAGAGCGAUUCUGCUCAGAAUAGUUUCACGGGACCUCUACAAACUUGUGGGCGAAGUUGUGCUGGAAGGAUCUGAUGAUAGGAAAUCAUGUGAGAGAGAACUUUCUGAUCUGUUGGGAGAGGACGGUGUCUUUGUUGUCAAGCUGGUUGAUAUCAACUACGGAAUCACAGAUGAAACCCCUUUUGCGUUCUACAGCAAAGAUAAACCAGGUGUAGCCUUUCAACUCAGGCUGAUGGGAGCGUCUCCAGUUGAACCAAAGGUCUUCUCUGAGAAACUGAUCCGGGUCUACAGCAGGCGAGUGGACAUCAUGGCCCAGGCGAAGGAGUGCCUUGAAGAGUGGCGCAAAGAAUAUGGAUUUGUCGAACCAAGUAAAAGACUCCCAAUAGAUGACGGCACCAGGACAUGAUGCUCUCCACGACUCCAAAAGGCAGAAGACAUGUCCAUAAAAAUAAGAGUCUGAAUCAAGUUUUCAGGCAGUUUUAUCGUUUUGAUGAUUUUAACCAGGGUAUAAUCAGGUGUUCCACGGGUCGUGGUGAGAGCUACGUAGUUUGUUCACACAUCCUCCUUGUUUCAUGUUGCAGUGUCCACUUAUUACAUUUGAUUCAUGCUGGGGUUUUUUUUU